AUGACGUCCCCGAUCAAACCACUUCGCGAGCCCUUUCUCGCCCCCUCCUCCACCCUCGUCCUCGUCACUGGAGCAUCCGGCCACAUCGCCGCCAACAUUGUUCGAGAGGCCCUCGCCCUGGGGUACCACGUCCGCGGGACAGCACGCACCAGCGAGAAAUGCAAGAAGACAGUCGCAGAACAACACAAUCACCCAAACUACAGCACAGCUGUAGUCUCGGACUUCUCCCACCCGUCGGAUGAAAUUGAUGCCGCUGUGAAGGGGGUCGACAGCAUCAUCCACGUCGCCUCAGACACAUCCUUCUCCGAGGAUGCAGACAAGGUCGUCAGCUCGGUCGUCGCCGGGACGGAGAACUUCCUGCGGGCCGCAGCCAGGGAGCCCAAGGUGAAGCGCUUCACGCUGACGAGCUCGUCUACCGCGGCGUUGCUCGCCAAGCCGGGCGUCGGGGGCGUCGUCGCGACCGCGGACACGUGGAACGACGAGGCCGUGGAGGCGGCCAAGAUAAAGGGGACCUCCAUCGGGCCUAACUUGUACGCGUAUAUAGUGUACGCGGCCAGCAAGACCCAGGGCGAAAGGGCGCUCUGGAAGUUCAUGGAGAACGAGAAGCCGUCAUUUGUCGCCAAUGCCAUACUUCCCGACUUCAACACGGGGCGGGUCGUGGGCUCUGCUGGUGCGACGGGGACGUUUGCCAUCCAGCUGUUCAAGGAGGGGACCAGAACUGUGAUCCCUCAAUACUUCAUCGAUAUUAUCGACGACGCAAGACUGCACCUUUGUGCCGCGGUGCUGGACGGGUCCCUCAAGAACGAGCGCAUCUUCGCAUUUGCUUACCCGUUCAAUGGCAAUGACGCCGUCGAGGCCGUCAAGAAAGUGAGGCCUGACGUGGACCAGUCGAAGCUGAAGAUCGACCCAAACGAGCCGCGGGAUCUUAGCAAGGUGCCCAACGAACUUGGUGCGAGGUUGUUGAAGGAAUGGUUUGGCCAGGAUGGGUACAAGCCCCUCGAGCAGAGUAUCAAAGAAAACCUCGAGGGUAUAUAG